AUGGUUCUCGGGCACCUGGUGGAUUUCACGGAGCGACGUCUGGUCGCCCCUGGUCGCUGGUAUUGGCUAGGGAUCGAUUCGCACGGAAAAUACGUGUGGGUUGCUCAAGGUCCGUGUGAAGGUCUUAUCGACUGUUGUAAACGUCGCCGAGAAUCGCUGGUUACUCUGGAUCGUCGACUCGUACAAACGGUGUGUGUGGCGAUUCCCGGAUGGUUUGCUCACGGGUUUGUACGAGGUGUCUUGAUGCUGAUAGUCGUUUCUGCUGGCGUUAAUAUCGCCGAAUGUAGCUAA